GCAAAAAAGUGGCCCCAAGAAGAGGUCCCUUAUAUAGUCCUCUCCAUACAUGACCACCAUAACCAUCAUAAAUGAAUAAAAACUUCACAUGUCACAUGGACCAACAAUGACCCUACCAAUGUCAUCUCUCCCUACUUGAAUGUAUUAAUACAAUCUCACAAGUCCUUCUCAUACAAUUCAAUUUCAGAAAUAUACAAGAUUUUCACAUUCCUAGCUACAGCAAUGGAAAUGGAAUCAACACCAAGCCAUCAUCACCUCAACAUACUUGACUUAGACAGGAGCAUGGGGCAUAUAUGAUACAACUAUGACCUACCCUUAAAAAGACAUAAAAUGUAAACAGUAGCAAAACCAAAGACUAUUUUUUUUCCUUCUAAUUUUGGAAAAAUAGAAGUUACUUAAAUUGGGUUAUGAGCAAAACAAUAAAAAUUUGAAACAUGUUUGUUUAUCUGUCCUUGAUGGAAUGAUGGAAAAGAUUGGAUUGUGGUUGCAACUAUUUGGAAAAAGUGAGAUUUGUAAAAUCUCUUCUUUUUUGUCACUUUUCCUUUUCAUCUUUGUAUAAGUAUGAUGUCUUCUACUUCUACGUCUCUUAUCAAUCUUUCUAUUGAUUCUCAUAACUCAAAAGGGUUGAAUUGAAUCAACCACUUACAAAAAAUUCUUUAAAUUCUAGCUUCAACCCUCUUACUCUUUCACCAUGCUUAACUUUAAGCUUCUUCACCCUUUAACUACCAACAACAUAUCUUCCAUAAAAACAUUUAGAUAUCCAUCAUUUAGCCUUGUGAAACAAUACAACAUUAUGUUCAUCAAAGGCUUAAUGAUUUUAUUCCUAAGUUGUAUUACCAUAAGACUUAAUUUCUGUAUUUCAAGUAUCCCUUCUUCUUUAAAAUCACUUCCAUUAGAAGGACACUUUAGUUUUGAUGAAUUUGAUCUUAAAAAAGCAGCAAGAGAUUUUGGUAAUAGGUACCAAUCUUUUCCAAUGACAGUACUUCAUCCAAAAUCAGUUUCUGAUAUUUCAGUUACUAUAAAGCAUGUAUGGAAUUUAGGUCCAAAUUCUCAGCUAACUGUUGCAGCUAGAGGACAUGGUCAUUCACUUCAAGGACAAGCACAAGCUCAUGGAGGAGUUGUGAUCAACAUGGAAUCAUUGAAUAAGGUUGAUGAAAUGAAAGUGUAUGCUGGUGGAGAAUUUGCUUAUGUGGAUGUGUCAGGAGGUGAAUUGUGGAUAAAGAUUUUGCAUGAGACAUUGAAGUAUGGUUUGGCACCAAGAUCUUGGACAGACUAUUUACAUCUGACAGUUGGUGGAACUUUGUCUAAUGCUGGUGUUAGUGGUCAGGCUUUUAGGCAUGGUCCACAGAUAAGUAAUGUUCUGAAGAUGGAGAUUGUUACAGGCACAGGAGAAGUGGUAAACUGUUCUAAAGAGGAGAAUGUUGAACUCUUUUACAGUGUACUUGGAGGACUAGGACAAUUUGGCAUUAUAACAAAAGCAAGAAUCUUACUAGAGCCAGCACCAACCAUGGUAAAAUGGAUUAGAGUGCUAUAUGCAGAUUUCACAGCAUUCACAAGAGACCAAGAGAAACUAAUAUUUGCUGAAAAAGGUUUUGAUUACAUUGAAGGAUUUGUGAUAAAAAACAGAACUGGUUUGUUAAAUAAUUGGAGAUCAUCUUUCAAUCCACAAGAUCCAGUUCAAGCUAGCAAGUUCAAAUCAGAUGGAAGAACCCUUUACUGCCUUGAAUUGGCCAAAUACUUCAAUCAUCAAGAAACCUUUGCAGUAAAUCAGGAUGUUGAGAAACACUUGUCCCACUUGAACUAUAUCCCAUCAACACUUUUUCAAACAGAAAUCACAUAUGUUGACUUUUUAGACAGAGUGCAUAUCUCAGAAGUGAAAUUGCGUUCAAAAGGUUUGUGGGAUGUUCCACAUCCAUGGCUCAAUCUUUUAAUACCGAAAAGCAAAAUACACAAUUUUGCAGAAGUUGUGUUUGGCCAUAUUGUUAAAGAAACAAGCAAUGGACCUGUCCUUAUCUAUCCAGUACAUAAAUCAAAGUGGGACAACAGAACAUCUGUUGCUAUUCCAAAUGAAGAUAUUUUCUAUUUAGUGGCCUUUCUUGCAUCUGCAGUCCCUUCAUCCAAUGGAUGUAAUGGACUUGAAUACAUUUUAAGUCAAAAUAAAAGAAUUUUAGAAUAUUGUGAAAGAGCCCAUCUUGGAGUAAAGCAAUAUUUGCCUCACUAUACUACACAAGAAGAAUGGGAGACACAUUAUGGUCCUAAAUGGCAGAUUUUAUUGCAAAGAAAAUCUAUUUAUGACCCAUUGGCAAUACUUGCUCCUGGCCAAGGAAUAUUUCAAAAAUCAAUUACUUUCUCAUGACACCAGCCAUAUUUUAUUUUAUUUUAUUUUAUUUUAUUUUAUUUAUAUAUAUUUAAAAAAAAAAAAGACUUUUUAGAGAGUCUUUUUUUUUUAAAAAAAGUGGACUUUAUGAAAUAUGUGAAUAUUGCCUUACAUGUAGUGUCUAUGGCACCACAGCAGCAUCAAAGUCAAGUCAACUGAGGUGAACAAACUUCUCAAAUAUGAAUAUGAAUUUUAUCAUAGGAUUUCCAAGAAUAUACUGAUUGUAUAUAUUCAAUUUUGUUAAGAGUUCCUUAUUGUGUUGUAGCCCAUUUCAAGAAAGAAAAUAUGUUAUAUUAACAUGCACGUUGCAUCAAA